AUGGCCGCUAAAUCGGAUGGAGCAGCCGUGUCUGUGCAGGAUGAAAACCCACCUCGUUGUCUGGCAAACCUCGAACAGCGCCCACUUCAAAAUCGCAAUGCCGGAAAGCGCUAUUCUCUCCUGGACUGCUGCUGGGUGCUGUGCGCCCUCUUGGUCUUCUUCUCAGACGGGGCCACCGACCUGUGGCUGGCCGCGGACUACUACCUGAGGCAGAACUACUGGUGGUUCGGGCUGACGCUAGUCUUCGUAGUGGUUCCCUCCGUUGUGGUUCAGGUGUUGAGUUUCAGGUGGUUUGUCUACGAUUACUCGGAUAUCAACGGCAGCGGUAGCGGAGCUGCCGCCGUCAGUGCGGCUGCGGCGGCUGCAGCGGCAUCGGGGGGAGAUUGCAAUUUCAGCACCAAGGGCAGCGAACAGCGGGGCGCUGGCAGCACUGCUGGGGCCAGAGUAGCGCCUGCGACGGGCACUAGGAGCGGUACCCGGAGGUGCUGCAGGAUCUGCAUGUGGCUCUUCCAGUCCAUCAUUCACAUACUGCAGCUUGGGCAAGUCUGGCGGUAUGUCCACGCCCUGUACCUGGGGGUGCAGAGUCGCUGGCAGGGGGAGCACGAGCGCCGUCACUUCUACUGGCGCAUGAUGUUCGAGAGCGCCGACAUCAACAUGCUGCGUCUGCUGGAGACCUUCCUGAAGAGCGCCCCCCAGCUGGUCCUCCAGCUCAGCAUCAUGAUCCACGGCAAACAGAUCCUGCCCCUGCAGGGUCUGUCUGCUUCUGCCUCCUUGGUUUCUCUGGCCUGGAUGAUCGCGUCCUACCAGAAGGUGCUCCGGGAUUCUCGCGAUGACAAGAUGUCCAUGUCCUACAAGGCGGUGAUCGUCCAGAUGCUGUGGCACCUCUUCACCAUCGGCGCACGCACCAUCGCCUUCGCGCUCUUCGCCUCGGUGUUCCAGCUCUACUUCGGCAUCUUCAUCGUCACCCACUGGUGCAUCAUGACCUUCUGGAUCAUCCAGGGGGAGACGGACUUCUGCAUGUCCAAGUGGGAGGAGAUCAUCUACAACAUGGUGGUGGGCAUCAUCUACAUCUUCUGCUGGUUCAACGUGAAGGAGGGCCAGACGCGCUACCGCAUGUUCAUCUACUACUUCAUCACCCUGGUGGAGAACGCGGCGCUGACGGCACUCUGGUACCUGUACCGCAACAACCAGACGUCUGACUUCAGCGCCCUGAUCGUGGUGUGCGUGGUGGUGUGCAGCUUCGCCCUGGGAAUGUUCUUCAUGUUUGUCUACUACUGCCUGCUCCACCCCAACGGACCCAUCUUCGGGGGGCAGUGGAGGUGCGUGGAGGAGGGGGUGGUGGAGCCGUGCAUGACGCCGGCCCCUCCCCCGGACGUGGUCACCAGCCCCCCCAGGACCCUGCAGAGGACUACGGGGGCGGAGCGGGAGCAGGUGCCCGGCGACCGGGACAGCUGCCUGCCCGUCUUCCAGGUCCGACCCAGCCUGCCCCCCACCCCGGUGCCCCGCACCCCGCGGACAGAAGGGCCGGUCAUCCGCAUUGACCUGCCCAGGAAGAGGUACCCGGCCUGGGACGCCCACUUUAUCGACCGCAGGCUGCGCAAGACUAUCCUGGUGCUGGAGAGCACCUCCCCCGUCACGCCCCGCCUGCAGUACCGCAGCCUGGGCUCCCCGAAGGAACUGAUGGAGUAUGAGACCACCGUGUAA